AUGACAGCCUCACCUGCACCAUUCACCAUGCUACCUCCUGGUUAUCUGGAAUCUCAACCACCUCAAAGGGAAAUAACCAUGCAAAAUCUUCUAGACACUCAACAACGACUCUCUGAACAAGCUCGAGAGGCGUUACCCUACGCGUUCGAUGAAUGUACAUAUGACAAGGGAUAUCUAAGACAGUCCAUAUGGAGUUGUUUAGACUGUGGGGAGAAUGUUGGAGUAUGUUAUGGAUGUUCUAUAAGUUGUCACUCUAAUCAUAGAUUAGUAGAAUUAUGGACAAGACGUCAUUUCAAAUGUGAUUGUCCAACUUCUUCUACCUCCAAUCGAUGUACUCUGAUCCCACCUCAUCGACAACCUCAAGAUAAGAACGAAGAGAAUUGUUAUACUCAUAAUUUUCGAGGAAAGUUCUGUCGAUGUGAAAAACCUUACGAUCCGGAGACAGAAGAAGAAGCAAUGAUAAAUUGUAUAGGAUGUGAAGAUUGGUAUCAUGAAACAUGUCUAAAUCUUCGUCCUGUUUUGCACUCGUUAGGCCUACCUCCCAUCUCGUCGACCUCAUCACACGAUUCGUUAGAUCCCACAAGAAACGAUCAUGGUCACGACGAUCGACCUUUGGAUGUUACAGGGAUAGAAGAGGAGGAAGAAGAUGUAGAGGAGAAAGGAGUUUUGAUUCCUAGUGAUUCUUAUGAUGGACUUAUUUGUGCUAGAUGCGUAGAGGGUAAUGCGUUUUUGAGAAAGAUGGCGGGGAAGGAAGGAUGGAUGGUCAUAGAACCGAACGAGACGGAUGGGUUUAGAAUCAUCGCCAGGAAGAAGGGACAUAUAGAGAAUGGAGAAGAAUUAAAUUUGAAAAGACCUCAUCCUGAUUCCAAUCCCGAUGUCUCAUACAAAAAACCCAAACUUGAAGAUAUCUCCUCUGAAUGGAAGUGGGAGAAACGUCAAGGAAAAGGUGAUAUUUUCUUAGCUCACGACAUUCGUACACAAUUGCAAAAUACAUUAGACAAAACAAUAAUAGAAACACUUCCCUUCCCUUUAGUAGAUGAAGAAAUAUACGAACCACCUCGUGAACCUGAUGAACCUGAAGAAACAUUAGAACAAGUGACAGAUAGAGUUAUCUCUACUCUUCCUAGAGUUCAAGCUAUAGAAGCUUUACAUGGUUAUACAAAGAUGAAAACACGAUUACAAACUUUGCUCGCUCAACAUGCAUCACGAGGAGAGACAGUAACUAGAGAAACUAUUGAAUCUUUCUUUGAAGAUCUUCGUCGGAAUUGA